GCACACCUGCUACAUACCCAGAAUUCUUCACUCUGAACAGGAGCACGGCUGAGCUGCGGCUGCUGAAGUCUGUGGACAGAGAGCUUUACCAGCGCUUCUCUCUCGUUAUUAAGGCGGAGCAGGAUAACGGUCAUCCUCUUCCUGCAUACUCCAAGCUGGAGAUUGAAAUUCUUGACGAGAACAACCAGGCACCUUAUUUCCAGCAGUCUUCGUACCGGGGCUUUGUCAGUGAAUCCUCCUCUGUUGGCACCACCAUCUCAGCCAGCGCCAACCUCACGGCCCCGCUGGCCAUCAUAGCCCUGGACAACGACAUUGAAGAGACUAAAGACCCUCAGCUGAAGAUCACUCUGAAUGAAUACACUUCCAUCUUCACCAUCACCACUAGCGGCAUCACACGAUUCCUGACCCUGCUGAAACCAGUGGACCGAGAGAUACAGACCAACUACACAUUAACGCUGGUGGCGACUGAUGGUGUUCAGCAGAGCAGACCCGUGACGGUGGACAUCCUGGUCAUCGAUGCGAAUGACAACACACCCACCUUCGCUCAGGUGUCGUACAGUGUGGAGAUCUUCACUAACAUGCUGCCUGGAGAGACCGUCCUGCAG